UGCGACUGGCUCGGAGUGGCUGUAACUCUGCACCACGGCUGAAUUUCGGGAACGUCUUUGAAUUCUGUGUUAGUUGCCCACUAAUACCUAUAUUAAAGAAUACAUAAAAUAGCAUUUCAUGGGACCUUUAAAGUAUGGCUGCAUCAUAUGGGUGCACGUCAUCCCGUCGGCGUCGCGGAGCGUCAGAUCGGGCGGACGACGCAUCGGCCAUGAAGGGGAGAAACAUGUAAAAUCGACAGCAUCCACGGGAUUUCCUUUGUAAUUCAGUGACAGUGCUCAUGCUUCUCGAUCGAAAGCCCACCACGGUUGUACGAGGAGUCCCGGGGGGAUUGCUUUGAUAGCAGCCAGGUAGCGAACAACGUAGUGAGAGUUUGGGGAAGGCUGAGGUGGUGCUCGGUGGAAAGAGGAAAACAACAUGGCUGCGGUGGAGCUCGAGUGGAUCCCGGAGACACUGUACAACACCGCUAUCUCGGCCGUGGUCGAUAACUACGGGCGAUCGAGAAGAGACAUACGCUCUCUUCCAGAAAACAUACAGUUUGAUGUCUACUAUAAGCUUUACCAGCAGGGCCGGCUAUGCCAGCUGGGAGGGGAGUUCUGUGAGCUGGAGGUCUUUGCCAAAGUUCUGCGGGCCUCAGACAAAAGACACCUCCUGCACCACUGUUUCCAGGCCUUGAUGGACCACGGUGUGAGGGUGGCCUCGGUUCUGGCCAGCUCCUUUAGUCGCCGCUGUUCUUACAUUGCAGAGUCUGAUGCCCACGUCAAGGAAAAAGCCAUUCAGUUUGGCUUUGUGUUAGGUGGCUUCUUAUCUGACGCAGGCUGGUAUGGAGAUGCUGAAAAGGUCUUUCUGUCGUGCCUGCAGCUGUGUACCCUACACAACGAGGUGCUGCACUGGUAUCGGGCGGUGGAAUGCUGUGUCAGGUUGCUCCACGUCCGCAACGGCAACUGCAAGUACCAUCUUGGGGAAGAGACCUUUAAGCUGGCCCAGUCCUAUAUGGACAAACUAGCCAAACAUGGCCAUCAGGCCAACAAGGCAGCACUGUACGGCGAGCUUUGUGCCUUGCUCUUCGCCAAAAGCCACUACGAUGAGGCAUAUAGAUGGUGUAUAGAAGCAAUGAAGGAGAUAACGCCAGGGCUGCCUGUCAAAGUAGUGGUGGAUGUUCUCAGACAAGCAUCCAAGGCUUGUGUGGUGAAACGAGAGUUUAGGAAAGCAGAGCAGCUGAUUAAGCAUGCAGUGUUUUUAGCAAGAGAACAUUUUGGACACAAGCAUCCCAAGUACUCCGACACUCUGUUGGAUUAUGGGUUUUACUUACUAAAUGUAGACAACAUAUGCCAAUCUGUUGCCAUUUAUCAGACGGCGCUCGACAUUCGACAGUCCGUAUUUGGAGGAAAAAACAUCCACGUUGCCACAGCCCACGAGGACCUUGCCUACUCCUCCUAUGUGCACCAGUACAGCUCUGGGAAAUUUGAUAAUGCUCUAUUCCAUGCAGAACGUGCCAUAGACAUCAUAACUCAUAUUCUGCCUGAGGACCAUCUGUUACUGGCCUCUUCCAAGAGGGUCAAAGCCCUGAUCCUGGAAGAGAUUGCCAUCGACUGCCACAAUAAAGAGACGGAGGAACGUCUGCUACAGGAGGCUCAUGACCUGCACCUCUCCUCUCUGCAGCUUGCCAAGAAAGCGUUUGGGGAAUUUAACGUACAGACGGCAAAACACUACGGCAACCUGGGCCGCCUGUAUCAGUCUAUGAGGAAAUUUAAGGAGGCAGAGGAGAUGCACAUCAAGGCCAUUCAGAUCAAGGAGCAGCUGCUGGGCCAGGAGGACUACGAGGUGGCGCUGUCUGUGGGCCACCUGGCCUCCCUCUACAACUACGACAUGAACCAGUACGAAGACGCAGAGCGCCUCUACCUGCGCUCCAUUGCCAUCGGGAAGAAGCUGUUUGGCGAGGGCUACAGUGGCCUGGAGUACGACUACCGUGGCCUCAUCAAGCUCUACAACUCGGUGGGCAACUACGAGAAGGUGUUUGAGUACCACAACAUCCUCUCCAACUGGAACCGACUGAGGGACCGGCAGUUUGCCGUGGCCGACGCCUUGGAGGAUGUCAACACCACACCGCAGCAGACGCAAGAAGUGGUGCAGACCUUCCUCUUGGCCCAGACCCUGGGGCCCGCUCGGCCAGGCCUGGGCCCCCCCGUGAGGGAUUAAAGGGGAAGGAAGGAGGGACCCAGACACCGGGGACCCUCCGUGAGGGAUUAAAGGGGAAGAAGGACCUAUUGGCUAAAGCUGGGGAUGGUGGAGGGUGACCGAAAGAGGAUGUGAGUUCCGAGAGGACCCUUGUGAGUUCACACACAUUUAUUAGGGAGGUACCCUGGGGAGAAGUGUAUAUGAUUAUGAGAGAGCUGUAUAGAUGGAUGGGGUUGUGUCAGCACUGUUGCCAUUACACAUCCACAUGCUUGGCUAAGAAUAUGUCUUAUCAAAACCACUCUACACAAACCGCCUAGAUUGUUGGAUCAGUUCACUGGCAUACCUGAAUACGGAUUAGACUAAGACCUUUUCAAAGAGAAGAAACAAGUUGUAUCUGCAAGUGUGGAGAUUGAGAUGGAAAACAGACCGGGUUUCCUGCCUCAAAACCCCUUCCCCUCCCCUCUCCUCUCCUGGACCACAAAGGACACAACCUGACACAUCUUGUUAAAUGUGUCCUCGUCAAACGUGACCAACAGUUUCAUCAUCAAUGUGUGGUUGUUUUCUUUUUCAAUUCAGUGAAGCAACAUCAGUCGAGUGUGAGUUAUGCAUAGCUUUUCUCAAAGGAUAGACAAGCACUUAAGGGUCAAUUUUAGGUUUGAUGUAUUUUAGUUACUAUUUUGUUGCAUACGAGGCUGGAGGGCUUGUUAAUCAUUUGUUUUUAUUAUAUUCAGAGGGUUGGGGAAGGUAAUCCCCAGCGAAUUCAGAGUAGAACUGACAUUGCUUUAUUAAAGACCCAGUGACUCCAAAAUACGUUUAUGCUUCGACACAAUUCUAAUCUUUUGGGCUCUAUACACCAUCACAAUGGAUUUGAAAUGAAACGGACAAGAUGUGCUUUAACUACAGACUUUCAGCUUUAAUCUGAGGAUAUUAACAUCCAAAUCAAUCAAUGAGUUCUGAAACAUUUGGCUGAAUAUGAGCAGAUAAUAUUGCCCGAAACACUUCAGAAUUCAUCCUGCUGCUUUUGUCAGCAGUCACAUCAUCAAUAAAUACAAGGGAACCAGUUCCAUUGGCCGCCAUACAUGCCCACGUCAUGACACUACCACCACCAUGCUUCACUGAUGAGGUGGUGUACUUUGGAUCGGGAGCAUUUCCUUUCCUUCUCAAUGCUCUUCUCAUCCCUCUGGUACAAGUUGAUCUUUGUCUCAUCUGUCCAUAGGAUGUCUUUCCAGAACUAUGAAGAUGUUGUUUGGCAAACUAAUCUGGCCUUCCUGUUUUUGAGGCUCACCAAUGGUUUACGUUUUGUGGUGAACCCUUUGUAUUCACUCUGGCGAAGUCUUCUCUGGAUUGUUGACUUUGACACACAGACACCUACCUCCUGGAGAGUGUUCUUGAUCUGGCCAACUGUUGUGAAGGGUGUUUUCUUCACCAGGGAAAGAAUUCUUCGGUCAUCCACCACAGUUGUUUUCCGUGGUCUUCCGGGUCUUUUAGUGUUGCUGAGCUCACCGGUGCGUUCUUUUUUUUAAGAAUGUUCCAAACAGUUGAUUUAGCCACACCUAAGGUUUUUGCUAUCCCUCUGAUGGGUUUGUUUUGAUUUUUCAGCCUAAUGAUGGCUUGCUUCACUGAUAGUGACAGCUCUUUGGAUCUCAUAUUGAGAGUUGACAGCAACAGAUUCCAAAUGCAAAUAGCACACUUGAAAUGAACUCUAGACCUUUUUUCUGCUCCUUGUAAAUCGGAUAAUGAGGGAAUAACACACACCAAGCCAUGGAACAGCUGAGCAGCCAAUUGUCCCAUUACUUUUGGUCCCUUCAAAAGUGGGAGGCACAUAUACAAACUGAUGAAAUUCCUACACCGUUGACCUGAUUUGGAUGUAAAUACCCUCAUUAAAGCUGAAAGUCUGCAGUUAAAGCACAUCUUGUUGGCUCUAACCCUGUAUAGAGCCAAAAAGAUUAGAAUUGUGUUGAUGUCCCAAUGUUUAUGGACCCGACUGUAUUUCUUAAAUGGUUGGGACCCGGGAACAAAUUAAUAUAUGCCAUUUGCUCACUGUUGCUAAAAUAAGCCUGUAUUUUAGAGAAAACGAGUGUAAAGCUUAUGUUCCUCUCAAACACUAAAAGGCGGGUAACGGUCGUUUCGUGACGCCGAGGGGCCUUGAAGUAAACUCCUCGCUGAAGGGACGAUGGCGACCAGGUGUUAGUGGCUGGGUGGAGCUCUACCUGGGAUGGGACGGACCGAGAAAGUGUUUAGCCUCUCUGACAGUUUUUUUUUUUAUUACGCCACUGUGUGUGUGUGUGUUUGUGUGUAUGAGAAUGCGGAUCUGUGGAGCUUGUUAUGAAAAGCUGUUGAUUUUUAUGUCCGAGAGGGGGUUUGGCUUCCCAGACACCUAUACUAAAUCGCCAUGGUGUGUGGAUAUGUGUCGAGCGCCGUCUCGAAAUGCCCGCGUCCAAGUGAGGGUCAGGCUUCUCGGUAUAGGGGCAUGAUAUACAACGUUGCUGACUAUCUCGCUAUCUACACAAAGACUGGACAGAAAAAACAAGUAGCCGCUGGUCGUAACACGCCCCGUCCCGUUCCUAGAGCUCUUGAGCAUUUAAAAAAAAUCUUUUGCUCAAGUUCACUAGCUCUUUAAAAGUGAAAUUAUGUAGGCGUGUCAUUUGCUUUCCUGCAAACUAACUUUUUUUUUUUUUUUUUAAACAAGGGAAUUAGGGAUAGGAGUAAGGAGAGGAGAGGAAUGUGUGUACAGGUUGCCUGGUGAGGUCAUUGGCCUUCCUUUUCUUCUCCUUAAUAUAUUUAAUCUCAAAGGGGGUGGUGUGUGUGUGUGUGUGUGUGUGUGUGUGUGUGUGUGUGUGUGUGUGUGUGUGUGUGUGUGUGUGUGUGUGUGUGUGUGUGUGUGUG